AUGACUUCCCAACUCAGAGCCUCCGCACGUCUCGCCAACAAGCCAAAACACAACUCCGUUUACUUGAAGAAACUCAAAAAUGCUUCUGAGUUUUCCAUCUCCGAUGUCAUUGCCUGUGUCUAUGCUCCUGACGUUUUUUUUGCACAAAAGACUUACAACACUAUCUUUAAAAAAUCCAGGAUACGCCACCUCACAAGGAGCCCUCUCCUUACACUUAGAUGCUAUACACAAGAGAUGGAAGCUUGCCUCAAAGCUGGCAAUGCUGAGGCACACUUUAUAGAGGAAGUGAAGCAAUACUUCGCAUUGGAUCAGCCUAAAAAAGGCCUUAAACAUCUAAAGUUCUCGGCCAAGAACAACCAUGAUUUAGGUACAUAUUUCUAUGCUAAUCUUCUAAUGAUCACAGGAGAACAUGAAGAAGGCAUGACAUUUAUGGACCUCUUCAAUUGGCGUACAAACAUGUUAUCAGUCGACUGA